AUGAACCCCAAGUACGCCAAGGUCAGCUCCGUAGUCAUUUCGAUGCUCUCGUCGAACAUGAAUAUGAGCAUGGAGGGUGACAUCGACAUGGAGAAUCUCACCUCGUCCAUGCGCGCGCACAUGCUGUCGGCAGCUCGCGAACAGCCCGAGAAGCUGGUUUUGCUCAGGAAUAUAACACAACCAGGACCGUGA